AUGGACCCACAGAGAAUUAUCAGAUUGCAAAAGUUGUACCAAAACUCCAACCAGAAGUUGUGGUUGAGAGGCCCACGUUCUAAGGCUAUGGUUUACCCAUUCUACGCCUUGUUCACCGUUUCCACGGCUGUUCCAUUGUACUACACCGGCAGAGCCCUCUUUGGUAUCAAGGCCGAGAUGAAUGUCAACGGAUACACGAUCUGGCUUACACGAAUGUUUCAAGAAGCGCUAGACAUCGCCAAAAGCGCCAGUCUUAUUAUCAUGACCGUGAACUUUAGGAUACUGGUAUUCAGAAAGCUUCGAGAAUACUUGUUAUCGGCGGCGUGGUGCUUUAGACACGAUGAAAGGUGCCCACUGAAAAUUGUCAUUAGUUCCUGUCACAGCUUGGCCUUAGCCUAG